UGCACAGUGAGAGGGUGAGCGUGUCCCUGCUGAUCUGAGCUCUGCAGGCCACAGGGACCCCACAUCUUCCUGAAGCGUUUCCAGGCCCGGGUGACACUGUCCAUGGUGAGGACCCCAGGGAGGUGCUGACGGACCAGCUGAGGAGGAAGGAGACCCCGUGGGGGAGGCUCUGACAGGGAAGGACGUGCCCUGGGUCACCUCAGCUGCAAGGGGCGUCUCAGGAGGUUCUGGGUCUAUUUCCUGCUUCACCAUGGAAAUGACAGCCAGGCUGCUAGAGAGAGGCUGUGCCCUCACCUGUGGGCUGCUGUCGUGACAACCUUGUGACAAGAAGGAGUGGCCUCCAAGUGACCACCACCUGUGUGGCCCUCUGUCCAUCCUGCUGGCGCCAGGGCCUCCUCCAUCUGCUCAGCUGAGGCCACAGGGAGAAGAGGCCAUGACCCCCACCCUCAGGGCCCUGCUCUGCCUCGGGCUGAGUGUGGGCCUCAGGACCCCAGUGCAGGCAGGGCCCCUCCCCAAGCCCACCCUCUGGGCAGAGCCAGGCCGUGUGAUCCCCCGGGGAAGCUCCGUGACCAUCUGGUGUCAGGGGACCCCAGGGGCUGAGGAGUACCGUCUGGAGAAAGAGGGAAGUCCACCAUCAUCCAAAAGACAGGAGCCACAGGACCCCAGGAAUAAGGCCAACUUCUCCAUCACACACAUGGCAGAACGUGAUGCUGGGAUAUAUCGCUGUCUAUAUAUCAGCCCCACUAACAUGUCAGAGCGCAGUGACCCCCUGGAGCUGGUGGUGACAGGAUCCUACAGCAAACCCAGCCUCGCAGCCCUGCCCGGCCCUGUCGUGACCUCAGGACAGAACGUGACCCUCCAGUGUGGCUCAUGGCAGGGAUUUGACAGGUUCCUUCUGACUAAGGAGGGAAAUGACAGGCUCUCCUGGGCCCUGGACUCACAGCCACAUUCCAGUGGGUGGUCCCAGGCCCUGUUCCCUGCAGGUCCUGUGACCCGCAGCCACAGGGGGACGUUCAGAUGCUAUGGCUGUUACAGGAACAGCUCCCAGGUGUGCUCACAUCCCAGUGAUGACCUGGUGAUCCUGGUCUCAGGAGACGUCUCCAAACCCUCCAUCUGGGCUGACCCGGGCCCCAGCAUCACCAAUGGGAGCCCUGUGACCAUCUGGUGUCAGGGGUCUCUGCAGGGUAGUGCCUAUGUUCUGUAUAAAGACAGGCGCUCUGAGCCCUUCGAAACAAGGAUCCCACAGGACUCCAGCAUCAAGGCAGGUGUCCUCAUUGGAGCCACGACCUCACACCAUGCAGGGCUGUACCAGUGUGCAUAUUACACCACUGAGGACAUACUCUCAGAGCUGAGUGACUCCCUGCUCCUAGUGGUGACAGGAGUGGGCGGUGCACCCUCCCUCUCAGCCCAGCCAAGCCCUGUGGUGGCCUCAGGAGGGAACGUGUCCCUCUCCUGUAGCUUAUGGUCCACAUUGGGCACUUUCCAUCUGCUGAAGGAGGGAGGAGCUGACCCGCCCCGACACAUGGAAGCUGAAUCGAGGAUCCAUGCUGGGAGGUGGCGGGCCCAGGCCAUCUUCCCUCUGGGCCCCGUGAGCCCCUCCCAUGGGGGGACCUACAGAUGCUAUGGUUCUUCCAGCUCCUACCCCAACGUGUGGUCGCAGCCCAGUGCCCCUCUGCACAUCGAGGUCACAGGUGUGCACAGGGAGCCCGCCCUCUCUGCCCAGCCAGGCUCGCUGGUGCUGCCUGGACACAGCCUGACCCUCCAGUGCCACGUGGAGGCCGGCUUUGACACCUUCGCUCUGACCAAGAACGAGGGGCUCACACCCCCUCAGCGCCUCCAUGGGCAGCACAGCCCCCACUUCCCCCUGGGCCACGUGAACAUCACCCACGGGGCCGGUACAGAUGCUACAGUGGACACCACGGCUCCUCUGUGUGGUCGGCCCCCAGCGCCCCCCUGGACAUCCUGGUGGCAGGUGAGGAGCCAGCCCUGCCCCUGUCCUGAGGGAAUGUACAGGAAACCCUCCCUCUCAGCCCAGCCGGGGCCCUCAGUGACCAGGGGAGCGACCGUGACCCUGCAGUGUGGGUCUGAGAUCUGGUUGGACACCUUCCACCUGCACAGGGAGGGGUCACUGGACCCUCCCCAGCACCUUCGUCUGCAGAACACGUCUGCACCCUUUCAGGCCAACUUCACCCUCAGUCCUAUAACCUCAGGCCACCAGGGGACCUACAGGUGCUAUGGUUCAAACAGCACCUCCCCCUACCUGCUGUCACAGCCCAGUGACCCCCUGGAGCUGGUGGUCUCAGGUCUUGAAUGGAACAUGAUCAUCCUGAUUGGGGUCUCAGUAGCCCUCAUCCUGCUGCUCUCCCUCCUUCUCUUCCUCUUCCUCCGCUUCCGGCGUCAGAGCAAAGCCAGAACAUCGGAUGCUUCUGUGAAGGACCCACAGCCUGGGGAGAGCGUGGAGCUGGACCCUCGGCAGAACAGGCAGGAUGAAGACCCCCAGGGAGUGACGUACGCCCAGGUGAACCACUCAACACCAAGACCCAGGCAGGGAAUGGCCACCUCUCCUUCCUCCCUGUCGGAGGAAUUGCUGGACACAAAGGGCAGACAAGCAGAAGAGGACAGACAGAUGGACAGUCCGGCUGCAUCUGACGCCCCCCAGGAUGUGACCUACGCCCAGCUGAACCUCUUGGCCCUUAGACGGCAGACAAGUGCAACCCCUUCCUCCCCAUCAGAGGAGCCCCCAGAAGAGCCCAGCUUGUAUGCUGCUCUAGCCAUCCACUAGCCCAGGAAGGACCCAGACCCCACACUCCAGGGAGGGGGCCUGCAGGGACCCCAGAAGUCAUGGGUACUUCCCCAUGGACACUCAGCUAGUGACCCUAGCCCAGCCGUGGGCAAACUACGGCCCGCGGGCUGGAUCCGGCCCAUUUGA